AUGACUUUUUGGACCAUUGGAAUACUUACAAAUCUCUUUGAAAUAUUGAGAGAUUUAAUUGGAAAUUUUUCAUCAUUGAAGAAAUAUUCGAAAUCUGCUGAAUACAAGGAAAUACAUAGGAGAAUCAAUACGAAUUGCUUGAAUCUUAUAAAAAAUUUCUGUGAUUUAAUUCCAGCAGGGACAGGCAGUGAGUUUUUCUAAAAGAUUUUUGCCUCUCAUCCAAAUCAUGGAGUUGUUGGAUUUGCAGGAUUUUUAGCAGGUGCGAUAUCAACAUAUCAAACCUUUUGA